UUAAUAAUGGCUAUUUUCUCUUUCUAACGUUGUUUCUCUCUCUAAAUUACGAUUACCAUAUCCCUAUAUUCCCCAUACCCUUUCACCAAUUACGAUAACAUCUUCAUCUCAACCCUCUAUAAAUUCAUUCCUCUUCCUUCCUCCAAACCUCCCCACCAUUUCUCCCUCCUCGCGCUCUCUCUCUCUCUCUCCCACACUGUACCAGAAACCCUUUAGUCUUUCUUUCUCUUUCUUCAAAAUGUCAGCAACUAUGGGGAAAUGUUGCAGAAUCCUGCACAUUGUCAGGCUACGGCAGAUGCUCCGGCGGUGGCGUCAAAAAGCUGCAUCGGCUGCUCAGAAAUCUACCGAUCGUACUAUCCCUUCCGACGUACCUGCCGGACAUGUUGCAGUUUGCGUAGGUUCAAGUUGUCGGAGAUUCGUGGUGAGGACGACCUACCUGAACCACCCGGUCUUCAAGAAACUACUGGUGCAAGCGGAAGAGGAGUUUGGUUUCAACAACCAAGGCCCUCUGGCCAUUCCAUGCGACGAGAUCCUCUUCGAAGAAUUCAUCCGAUUCCUCUCCCGCUCCGAUUCUGCCGGUAACUCGUCCCGAUUUGUCAAUCUGGAGGAUUUCCAGAUGUCCUGCCAUGUGAGUAUCCGAAGUAAUGUCGAUUUCUGGACUGAAUCUCGGCCGCUUCUCAAUGGCGUUGGUGAUAAACCGAUCUGGUGAGUUAAAAAAGGGGAUUCGUAAUUCAUAGGUGGGUUGAGCGGCAAGAAGGCGGCUCCGGUUCUCCAAUCGGACUCGGCUUCAAGAAGUGAAUUCAGCAAAUUGAGUGGGGGGGGGUGAAUGAGGAGGAACGAUGAGCUCAUCCAUGAAUCUGCCGACUCGGUGCUGUUAAAUGAGUUGGGAAUUAGUCUUGAUUUCCCAGUUCAUCUUCUUUUUCUGUUUCGUUUUGUAACGGUUGGUGAUGGAUGAGUUUGUUUCCUUCGGAAGAAUCUAAUGGUGAUGGCAGAGAAGUCCGGCCGAGUCAUCCCGAGUUCGAGAAGUGGAGGAAGAGUGAAAUAAUAAGUAUUAAUUAUAUUGUUGAGAUGUGAUUUUAGAGAUUUUUAGAGAGAGAUGGAGGGAAAGAGAAAGAAAAGGGGAAAUGCAGGCCAGAUUUCCUUCUCUACCAUUACCUUCUUAUUGUUCUUCCCAAGUUCUAACUAUUUUUGUACAUUUAUGUGAUUUAUUUAUUAAUUGAUCGGAAAUGUAGAGAAUUCUCAAACA